UACAUAUCUCACUUGUCAUUCAGAGCAGUUCAAGAGUUUUUUGUACGCUGAAUAAAAAAAAAUAAUUACCUGCACAUUGCUGAGUAAUAAAAACAAUAAACCUGCUGUGCAUGGGGCUUUGAACUUCGAUUUAAAACAGUGAAAUUACAGAAUAAUUUAUUUUUAAAUGUCGAUGUAAUCAUUUGGAUUUUUUUUUUUAAAUUCAUUUUCUAAUGUACUUAAUUUGUUCGAACAAUAUUGUUAUUUCAAUUUGUGAAUGUUUUUCAUAAGAAAAGAUAAAAUAGAAUGGAUAAUUGUAGGGGAAUAUUAUAUGCCUUUGGCAAAGGUUUAUUAGAUAGUAUGCGUGGAAUCUUAGUUUUAGGAUAUUUAGAUAAGGAAAUGAACGAGCGAUCGUUUGGCAAAUCUCCCGUGAAAGUAACGCAAAAAACAAAAGAUGACGCAGCUAUCAAACCAACGAAACAUUUCGAAGAAUCGAAAGUAUUAAAACGAUUUUUACAAGGUUGUUUUCUAAAUGGUUUUAUAUUUUUAUUAAGUAUUAUUUUAUUUAAUUAUGGAGCACUACCAGCUUUAAAAUUAUUAUUAACAUUUUUAUUUGGAGAAAGUUCAUCUACUGGUAUGUUUAUGUGGAAUUUAAUGGAGUGGGUUUUGUCCCGAAUAUUUGAAGUAUGCUGGGUUAUACCAUUGUUCUUUUUAAUUAAAGUUAUCAACUGUUUCUGGUUUCAGGAUAUUGCAGAUUCAUGUUUUCGUUUUUAUCGUGGACGUCCACAAUUUAUGUCAAGUUUAAGUAAAUUAAUAGCCGAUUCAUUAUUUAGUACAUUAGUACAAACAUUAUUUUUAAUACAAAGCAUGCUAGUUAAUUUAAUACCAAUAAUGUUUGUGGCUGAAAUCGCAUGUAUGGUGCAUAUAUGUUUAUUAUAUUCGUUAUAUGCAUUUGAAUAUAAAUGGUUCAAUUUGGGAUGGGAAUUACAUCGACGUUUAACAUUUAUUGAAAAUAAUUGGCCAUAUUUUAUUGGAUUUGGUAUGCCAUUAGCAAUUUUAACACAAUUUACAUCCUCAUUAUAUAUAAGUGGCUCAAUUUUUUCAAUUUUAUUUCCUAUAUUUAUUAUAAGUGGUAAUGAAGCAAGUCCAGUUACAGGAAAAUGUGACUACCCAUUACGAUUAUUUUCACCAGUGGUUGCAAUAUCAAAUUAUAUUUUCAAUCAAUCAAUUGGUCAAAGUAGUAGGACAAUUCAAUCAGCACCAGUGCGAAGAUGAUCUUUACUUUUAAAAAUUUUAUAUAGGUCUCGUUAUGAGGGAUGGUCUGAGGACUGAAUUUUAUCAUAUAUAUUUAUUGUAUGUAAAUUGUUAUAUUACAAGAUUUCCGGAUUAAUUCCAUUUCUCAAAACAUUGAUUAUCAGUGUGUUGGAACAUAAAUGUUACGUGAAUCAUUUUAUGGAUAAAUCAUUUUAAAAUAAAAUUUAUUGAUUUGAAAACGGGUCCGCCAUUUUUAACGCUCGUGUGGCGUAGUGUCUCCUCCAAAAUUGAUAAAUCAUGCAUCUUCGAUAUUACGCUAAAAAAAAUUGUACUAUACCAGUCCUGACUUAGAUGGUAAAAUGAGUCGGAACUGAUCCCGACGUAACUCACAUCAAUGGUUGGUAUUCUUUCAUAAAGCGUUUCUAGUCUACUCCGAUCAUUUUCAUUCACGUUUACAUCGAUUACUUACAAUUAAAAAUUUAAUUCUGUUCAAAUUUGCUCGACAUUUUUUAUACCAAUACAAAAGUGUAAGCGCUUGAUAAAUGGCGUGUGAGUUAGCCACUUUACCUUAUGAAGAAUAUUUUGUAAAAGGUCAGAAAAAUCCAGACGCCGAUAUCGUUGGUAUAAACAGCGAUUAGAUCCAAUAAAUAAAUAUGUUUUUCGAAGUAAACGUGAGUGGGAAUUAUUGGAGCAGGUUAGAAAUGUGUUUAAGAGGAAUCCCAAAAAUGUAUGUGAGUUGCAUCAGUAUCUGAGUCCUAACCCAUUUUUCGGGAUUAGUACUUCUAAGUAGUCUGUAAUAAAUAAAUGGUGUUUUAAUUGUUUUUAAUAUGUCGACUCAAA